UCAAAAUUACUAAAAGUCUAAAACCCUUCACUACAGUCAUACACUUCUCUAGAUCUCUCCAUUAACAAGCAAGCAUAUUCUUUCUUCUUCUUUGAGCGAUUCAGCUGCCAGCUUAUAUUAUUUAUUAAAUAACAAAGUCUCUUGUCUUUUCCACACUACUACUUUUCCUCAUUGUUACUUUCAGCCAAUACUGCAUAUAGAAAAGAAGCAUGUAGAGAAGUUUAUAGAGGCACCUCAUUUCCACUUCUUUCUUGGUUUUGCAUUUUUCUUUUUAGAAGUACCAAAUUAGUAAUAUACCAUGAUUUAUUCAUCAGUUUCUUCUGAAAAUCCAUGGACAACAAUAAGCCCAAAAGUCCUCAGACCUUCAACAAAGCAACGUCCGUUUCACUUAAAUCCUAUCCUUAGUUUUCACCGCCAAAACCCAGACACCAUUAACAGCUCUGUGAACCCAACAGAACCCAAAACCCAGCUCAGAAGCCCCAUCUUGAUAAACCCAACUCAAGUUAUUUACAGAAAAACCAAGAGGAGCAGGAUUCAUGAGGAAAGAAGAGGUUUUCCCCAACUGGGUAGCCAGCAAAUGUUGUUUCUGUGUGGAUUUGGGUACUGGAUGCAAGGUUUUAGGUGCUUUCCAUGGCUGGCGUUGAACUUCCACAUGGCUCACAAUCUUAACAUGCAUCCCUCAACAUUGCAGCUCGUACAGCAUUCUGGUAACCUUCCCAUGGUGGCCAAACCCUUUUAUGGAAUCCUUUCUGAUGCUCUUUACAUUUCUGGUGCGCAUAGAUUACCUUAUAUUUCCAUUGGAGUUCUUUUACAGGUCCUAUCUUGGGGGCCAAUGGCAGUUAUCCCUGUUGCAGGUAAAGCCCUUCCUACCCUUAUGGCAUGUGUUCUUCUUAGUAAUCUUGGAGCAUCCAUUACAGAAGUAGCACAGGAUGCUCUUGUUGCAGAGUACGGGCAAGAAAAAAAUAUGAAAGGCCUCCAAUCUUAUGCAUUCAUGGCAUCAGCUGCUGGUGGA